GGCAGGGCCACGUCCUCCACGUCCUCGCCAGGAGAAUCCGACGACGAGCUGUACAACCGCGGUCUGGACACGCUUCUUGCCGAGGCCCGUCGCCUGAUGGACGCUCAGCGGGCGAUCGCGGACGCGCUGGCCGCAGCGCGGUCCAACGCGCAGGAUAGUUGGCUGGCAGCAGGGCCGGGCCCCGCCGCCGCCUGUGCCACCCGAUAUGGGCCUGGAGGACCGGUGCACCAGAAGAUGUGCGGAGGGAGCUCGAGGCCGCGUUCUGUGGCUCGCUCCCGUACCCAGAGGACGCGCAGGUGGAGGCUCUCUGGACGGACAUGGCCGUGA